GAGCCGCAGAUCCGAGCUAGCGCGGCGCAUCCGACGGCCACGACAGCGCAGUGCCGUCCUCCGCCGCCACCGCUUGGCGAUUGUCCGCACCCCACCAGUCCACCACCUCCCCCACGAGCGAAAACCACGGUCCACGGACCACGGCUAUGUUCCACUCCAGGUGGAGGCUGCAGCCCCGGUUUCGCAAGCCGCGCCGUGGUUUGCUUGCCCACAGGCGGCCAAACCGCACCCUCCUUCCCGCUCAUCUCGCUUUGGAUCGAUUGGUUUCGUAACUGGUGAGGGACUGAGGGUCUCGGAGUGGAUUGAUUUGGGAUUCUGUUCGAAGAUUUGCGGAGGGGGGCAAUGGCGACCGCGGGGAAGGUGAUCAAGUGCAAAGCUGCGGUGGCAUGGGAGGCCGGCAAGCCACUGUCGAUCGAGGAGGUGGAGGUAGCGCCUCCGCAGGCCAUGGAGGUGCGCGUCAAGAUCCUCUUCACCUCGCUCUGCCACACCGACGUCUACUUCUGGGAGGCCAAGGGGCAGACUCCCGUGUUCCCUCGGAUCUUUGGCCACGAGGCUGGAGGUAUCAUAGAGAGUGUUGGAGAGGGUGUGACUGACGUAGCUCCGGGCGACCAUGUCCUUCCUGUGUUCACUGGGGAGUGCAAGGAGUGUGCCCACUGCAAGUCGGCAGAGAGCAACAUGUGUGAUCUGCUCAGGAUCAACACCGACCGCGGUGUGAUGAUUGCCGAUGGCAAGUCGCGGUUUUCAAUCAAUGGGAAGCCUAUCUACCACUUUGUUGGGACUUCCACCUUCAGCGAGUACACCGUCAUGCAUGUGGGUUGUGUUGCAAAGAUCAACCCUCAGGCUCCCCUUGAUAAAGUUUGCGUCCUUAGCUGUGGUAUUUCUACCGGUCUUGGUGCAUCAAUUAAUGUUGCAAAACCUCCGAAGGGUUCGACAGUGGCUGUUUUCGGUUUAGGAGCCGUUGGUCUUGCCGCUGCAGAAGGUGCAAGGAUUGCUGGAGCGUCAAGGAUCAUUGGUGUCGACCUGAACCCCAGCAGAUUCGAAGAAGCUAGGAAGUUCGGUUGCACUGAAUUUGUGAACCCAAAAGACCACAACAAGCCAGUGCAGGAGGUACUUGCUGAGAUGACCAACGGAGGGGUCGACCGCAGUGUGGAAUGCACUGGCAACAUUAAUGCUAUGAUCCAAGCUUUCGAAUGUGUUCAUGAUGGCUGGGGUGUUGCUGUGCUGGUGGGUGUGCCACAUAAGGACGCUGAGUUCAAGACCCACCCGAUGAACUUCCUGAACGAAAGGACCCUGAAGGGGACCUUCUUUGGCAACUAUAAGCCACGCACUGAUCUGCCAAAUGUGGUGGAGCUGUACAUGAAAAAGGAGCUGGAGGUGGAGAAGUUCAUCACGCACAGCGUCCCGUUCGCCGAGAUCAACAAGGCGUUCGACCUGAUGGCCAAGGGGGAGGGCAUCCGCUGCAUCAUCCGCAUGGAGAACUAGAUUUCGCUGUCUAGUUUGUGAUCUGGCCUGGGCUUGGGGUUAAUAAAAGAGGCAAUGCUAGCCUGCCCUUUCGAUGAGGAGGUACAUACACGCUGGCGAUGGACCGCGCUUGUGUGUCGCGUUCAGUUUGGCUUUUGCCAAGCAGUAGGGUAGCUUCCCGUGUCGGUAAUUAUAUGGUAUGAACCAUCACCUUUUGGCUCUACAUGGUAUGAACGUAAGAUACAAAUUCCAACUACCUCUAGCUCGCUUGUGUGGUAUCUGUAUCAGUAUUCAUGUGUUUGUUUGCUUAUGUGUUUGUUUGCUUGUAUUUGCUGGUGCUUGUAUCGCGGGAUGCAAUGAGUUGUUGUUUGGUUGUUGUCAA